UCCGUUCAGGGUUUUCGUUGGUAAGAUGUAAGUUGUUGGUGUGAAGCUGCGCUGUGGCAGCGGGGGAUCAGAACCAGAACCGACACAUGUCACAGGUGAGUCCGCAGCACCGAGCGGGGAUGGACCCGGACACCGAGGACAGCAUGCUGCAGCUCGCAGCCCGGGCUUUCCAGGCGAAAAACUUCGACCUAGCGGCGGAUAUUUACGGGUGUCAGCUCGCGGACGUGGGAGAUCCAGACAGCCGGCAGGAGCUGAUGGUGAAGCGGGCUGACGCGCUCGUCUUCGGUGGCAAAAUCGCCGAAGCCCUCGAUGUGUACCGACAAGCCUCCUGUCCGGACAGACUGCGACCCGCGCAGCUGGCAAAACUGAUAGAAUAUCUGUCCGGUAACAUCAGGAGGCAAGACGGAGGCGACGGGAGAGGACAGGAGGCAGCCGGUGCCGCAGGUACCGGCCACGAGGAGCUGUGCUGCCGGAUGUGUUCGAGCUUCCUGUUCGAGCCCGUCACGUUGCCGUGCGGACACAGUUUCUGCAGAAAGUGUCUGGAGAGGGAGAAGAAGCGCAGGCCGUUUGUGUGCAGGGACUGCAAGACCGGAUCCAAAGAGAACGACGUCCAGAACUACAGGGUCAACGUAGUUCUGAGCAGCCUGCUGGCCAAGUGGUUCCCGAACCUAUACCAGGCGGCCCGGCUGCGGCGAGAAGGCAACGAACUGUACGGCGACAGGAAGCUGGAAGCAGCGCUGGACCGAUACAACCGAGCCGUAUUGCUAGCACCCAUGGACCACAUACUGUUCAGUAACCGCUCCCAGAUCCACUCUAGUCUGAAACGCUACGAAAAGGCUCUGAGAGAUGCUGAGACGGUCUGCAGACUGAUGCCUCACUGGUCAAAGGGCCACGUUCGUAAAGCUCAGGCCCUGCAUGCUCUGGGGAGGACCGAGGAAGCCCUGACACAGUACUUAUUCUGUCUGUCCAUCGAGCCCGACUGUAGACUGGCUAAAACUGAGGCUUACAAGCUCCUCAGUGAUCUGUUGGCUCCAGUUACAGAUCAGGUCCCUGAACACAUCUUAGACUCCUUCACCACAGUGUCUUCCAGAGCAAACAUCAAAAGCAGCAUCAGUGCACCUUCCCAGACACUUUGUCCUGCUCAGUUCUGCCCACAGUCAAGUCUUUCCUUCCCUCCUCCUGCACCCAUUGACCCACAACACUCACAUGACAGGUCAGAGGUCUGUGAGGUCAGGGGUCAAGGAGAGCGAGAGGACAGAAAGCUGGACCACUGUUUCUUCGUCAGAAAGAAACGAAGGCACAUAAAUGAGGAGGGAGGAGAGGAAGCGAGCAGUGAUCAGAAGAGAUCCAAGUUUGAACCCGGAGAGGGGAUUGGUUCAUCCUUGGUCCUUGGAGGCAUUUUGGACCCCAUAGACCUGGAAUGUUCUCUUUGCAUGAGACUCUUCUACGAGCCGGUGACGACGCCGUGUGGACACACCUUCUGUCAGCAGUGUCUAAAGAGGUGUUUGGACCACAACCCAAAGUGUCCACUCUGUAAAGAAGAGCUGUCUGAGUACCUGGUCCAGAGGCAGUACUGUAAAACAGAACUAAUGGAAAAGCUGAUAUCCAAGUAUUUUCCUGACGAUCUCAUGGAAAGACAGAAAAUUCACUGGGAGGAGAUGGCAGAGCUCUCAAACCUUAACAAGAAUGUGCCUAUAUUUGUGUGCACUAUGGCCUUCCCCACCGUCCCGUGCCCACUCCAUAUCUUCGAGCCCUGUUACAGAUUGAUGAUUCGCCGAUGCAUGGAAACAGGAACAAACUGCUUUGGCAUGUGUUUGGGAGACAACCUCAAAGGGUUUGCAGACUACGGGUGCCUGUUGGAGAUCCGGAAUGUGAGGUUUUUCUCAGACGGCCGGUCAGUGGUUGACACCAUUGGCAGACGGAGAUUCAAAGUCAUUCACCACAGCGAGAGGGAUGGAUACAAUACGGCUGAUAUAGAGUACCUGGAGGAUGUAAAGGUGGAGGGCAGUGAAGAGCAGGAGCUGCAGUCGUUGCAUGAUGCAGUAUAUGACCAGGCUUUAGUUUGGGUCAACUCCCUCAAUGCUGAACAGAAGGAACGCAUCGAAGGACACUUUGGACCCAUGCCUGAGAAAGACUGUGAGCCUCAGGCCAGUCCAAACGGUCCAUCGUGGUGCUGGUGGUUACUCGCCGUUCUUCCAUUAGAAGGUCGGGCCCAGCUCCCGUUUCUGGCCCUCACCUCUCUGAAAGACCGGCUCAACGGCAUCCACAAGGUUCUGCUCUUCAUGGCCCACAACAGGCACCGAUGACGUGUUCAGUUCAGCAGUGAAGUUCUUGUUCUUCUGUUUGAAAGACAAAAAAACAACUUGUGUAGCUUUUAGUAAAGCAGCGUUGAGCUCCACCUAUGCAUCAGCAGCAACUGAAAGACAAACAGCAAACGUGCAGCUACAGUAGAACUGAAUAAUUAAGUAGCUUUUAACGUAUCACAUUGUCUUCACCACGUGCUGCAGAGCUACGUUUUCCUUCAUGUCCAACAUGUGUCAUGCUGCAUUCAGAAAGGAGGCGGAUCAGACUCAUUACAGCGUCCGCUGGACCACAGUGUUCGGACAGGACAGGACUUGUGUUAUUACAGCAACGUGUUAAGGGCGAAAACACUUUGCUACUGGACUCGAGCUGUGAGACCAACUCAGUGGACGUCCAACUGAAAAAGCUGCCUGUACAAACAUGGCAUUAGGUCCAAAAUACAGCAAAUAUCUCCUUUAAAAACAGUCAUAAUUAAAAAAAACACAACAACAAAUCAAAACAAAAAGAUCUUUUGUGCUAAACUGCUGCAAGUGGUCCUCCAGGUUUCAGUGCACAGUCCCUGCCUGCACGUCAAACACAAGUAUUCUGCACGAGACCACGCCAUCAGGUCGCCUUUUGUGUGUGUAAAUGGAAAUGGCUACAGUGGAGUGUUGAUAAAUAUUAAUGAAUAUUGCAGGGAUUAAAGUUUUAUGUUGGUACAACAGAUUUCCAUCAGUUGGGCUGCCAAAAAGCGACUUUCAUGCUGAUGCUGUCUUGACACAGAAUCAAGGCUGGACGCAAGAUAUGAAACUUACCACAUACAAAAGUCGAUUUUUAGAAUAACACCGUUUAUGUUUUGUUUUGGGUUUUUUCUCUCCUGGCAGCGAGUCGUGUCCUGUCUGCAGGGGGCGGUGUGUUUGAGUGUCUCUCAGUGCACAGAGAGUAAAGAGCAGGGGUUUACAAACAUACUUUUAAACUUUUCUUUUUUUCAAAGUCUACCCUAGGUGUCCCUGUGAGUGUCCUUGCUGUGGUUAAACUAAAAACACAGCUGGAGACCCACAAUGCAUUAACAACAAACACUUGUUUUUUUCCCCCUCAAAAUGCCCCUAAAUCUCUUUCUGAGGGCGGCAUGACAUAAAUGCGCUGAUAAAACUUUCUUACUUCUUAAUUAGGUGCUGCUUUCAACAUAAAUACACAAAUUCUUGAUUGUUUCGGCUCAGAGACUGCAAGUCAGGUGUGCAUCCAGACAGAAAGAGGAUGUUGUGGGGAGGGAGGUACGUGCCUUCCGCAACACCCCUUGAUUAAAGGUCCAAUUUUGAAGAUAUUUUUUAUAUAAUCUGUCUAUUUAUAGCCCCGCGCUACAAAUAGAACUUCGGCCAUUGACAACAGCUCGCCAGUGAACUAGGGUUCGGGCUGUUCAGGCUCUUCUUCAUACUACUACUCAUCAUCAUCAUAAUAAUUAUUAUUAUUAUAACAACUAAAAUGUUUGAAUUGGUAUUAAUCUGGGCCUACGUUUUACUAUAGUUCUUGACUAACUUUAAUUGAUGAGCUGUUUACAGUGCAGCAGAUAACAGAAUAUUUCCAGAGGAAUCCUUCAAAUGG